UUAGAAACUUGCUAGAUAUAAUAUUUAAAGACCCAAGUACGUAAGUAUUUCGUUGUAUCGUAAAUGAUCGGCAGGAAUAAACUAAUAAAUGUCUUAGCACAAGUGAUGAGAUUCAUUGUAUUCUCGUGAGUGAUUAGUUUCUUUUGUGUGAAUUCCAAUGGGGGAGACUCAGACAUUUUAGGUCAAAUGCUUCCCACCACUUUUACUACGGCUUGGUUUAUACUGAUAAUCAUUCGUAUCAUGUAAUUGAAACAAUUGAGUAGAAAUACGAAACUCAACAUUUCUUUUAAAAUGUUCUCCGAACUUUUACCAUUUUGGACGAAAUACUGGUAUUAUGUAUUGAUCGGUGUUGUCUCUUGUAGUUUUUUAAAAGUAUUCUACGAUAUCUCGAAGAAGAGUGCCACAUUUAUAAAAAAUGAUAAAUAUAGUACAAAAUUAGUGGAUAAUACUAUGGAGCAGAUAGAAGACAUUGGCGAAGAAACAUUAGAAGAUAGCGAGGAACCUGCACUACCAAAAGACUUAAAACAUAUUCCAUGUGUAUAUGCGAAACCCUCAGAAGUAGAGAUACUUCAUAGAGCUUCUGAGUUUUAUAAAACUGUAGCAGCUAGAAGAACUAUAAGAUUUUUCAGUCCAGACCCUGUACCAAAAGAAGUCAUACAUGACAUAAUAAAAGCUGCAGGCACUGCGCCUAGUGGUGCACACACAGAACCAUGGACAUUCGUAGUGGUAUCAAAUCAAAAGAUGAAAGAGCAAAUACGGUGUAUUAUUGAAAAAGAGGAAGAAAUAAAUUACAAACAAAGAAUGGGAGUGAAAUGGACGACAGAUCUGCUUCCGCUUAGAACUGAUUGGAUUAAAGAGUACUUGACUAUUGCUCCUUAUUUGAUACUUGUGUUUAAACAAGCAUACGGACUUCUACCGAAUGGAAAAAGAAAAGUUCAUUACUACAAUGAAAUAAGCACAUCCAUCGCGUGUGGUAUUCUCAUUACCGCUAUACAAUAUGCAGGUUUGGUAACUCUGACUUCUACUCCUUUAAAUUGUGGACCUGCCAUCCGCAACCUUCUUGGACGUCCUCAGAAUGAAAAGCUUGUUGUACUACUGCCAGUCGGAUAUCCAACAAAGGAUGCUACUGUGCCUGCCCUCCAACGUAAACCUCUAUCUGAUAUUUUAGUAGAAAUUGAGUGACACACAUGUAAUAACAAAGUUUGUUUAAUACUCCAUUGGAAUAUUAGCUGAUUUGUGGAACAAUAUAAAAUGAGUACACAUAAUCGUAAAUUUAUGCUAAUUCUAUUCUUUUUAUAAAAAAAAAAACAU